AUGUGGGUCACUACAGUACUUCCUAAAACGGUUCCUCCGGUUCUUUCCUUUCUCACUUCUACAAGAAACCCGAAACAAAAUUCUUUUCAUUUCAGAUUCGCAUAUCGGCCUUUAAACUUUAAAGUUUCAGCAACAAAGCAGCAGCAGCAGCUUCCCGAGCCAAAGACUGAUCAAAACCCAAGUAGUUCUGAUUUAGGAUGGCUCCCUGCUUUUCCUCACGUCUUGAUUGCUUCAAUUGCAAAUUUCCUAUUUGGUUAUCAUAUAGGGGUAAUGAAUGGUCCUAUUGUUUCUGUCGCAAAAGAGCUGGGUUUUGAAGGAAGCUCAAUUCUUGAGGGACUUGUGGUUAGCAUAUUUAUUGCUGGUGCAUUUCUUGGAAGCUUAGCAUCAGGUUCAUUGGUUGAUAAACUCGGAUGUCGUCGCACAUUUCAGCUUGACGCAGUACCAUUAAUUCUUGGUGCACUUAGAAGUGCGCAAGCGCACUCCUUGGAUGAAAUACUUUGGGGAAGAUUUCUUGUGGGCCUUGGGAUUGGUGUGAACACGGUUCUUGUUCCAAUCUAUAUUUCAGAGGUUGCGCCAACAAAAUACAGAGGUUCGUUGGGAACCUUGUGUCAAAUUGGGACAUGUCUGGGAAUCAUUGCAUCAUUGUUCCUAGAUAUUCCAUCUGAAACUGAUCCACACUGGUGGAGGACAAUACUAUACAUUGCAAGUGCUCCUGGAUUUAUUCUUGCACUGGGUAUGCAGUUUGCUGUGGAAAGCCCCCGCUGGCUAUGUAAAGUAGGGAAGCUAGACGAUGCUAAAACAGUUAUUCGUAAUCUUUGGGGAUCGUCUGAAGUUGAAACGGCAAUCCAAGCUUUCCAAUCAGUCAUCAAGAACGAUGGCAGUGAUGUGGGUAGUAGAUGGUUGGAACUCCUGGAGGAACCACAUUCUAGAGUUGCAUUUAUUGGAGGUGCACUUUUUGCGCUACAACAGUUUGCUGGUAUAAAUGGAGUCCUUUAUUUUUCAUCGUUGACUUUUAAAGAUGUUGGUAUAACAAGUGGCAGUUUAGCAAGCAUAUUUGUUGGACUUACCAACUUUGCAGGUGCACUUUGUGCUGUAUACCUAAUUGAUAAGGAAGGAAGACAAAAGCUCCUGAUUGGCAGUUACUUGGGAAUGGCAGUUUCAAUGUUUCUUAUUGCUUGUGCUAUCAGUUUUCCAGUAGAUGAAGAACUCAGUGGCAACUUGUCAAUACUAGGAACUCUGAUGUACGUUUUCACAUUUGCCAUUGGAGCUGGCCCAGUAACCGGUCUUAUAAUACCAGAACUCAGCAACACCAAGAUGCGUGCGAAGAUUAUGGGGUUCAGUUUUUCUGUUCAUUGGGUUUGCAACUUCUUAGUGGGUUUAUUGUUUCUUGACUUGGUGGAGAUUUUUGGAGUUGCACCUGUUUACACUGGCUUUGGUAGUGUGUCCUUGUUAGCAGCAAUGUAUGCCAAAUAUUACAUAGUUGAAACUAAAGGGCGCUCUCUUGAAGAGAUUGAAAUGUCACUGAACCCCAAUUUCUCUGUCAGAGACAAGCAACGAUAA